UAUAAGAGAAGGCGGACCGCGGAGGGGGAGGAGGCGGCGCCGAUCCACACAUCUCGAGGAGGAUCUCAUCCAUCCGUUUCGGUGGCACUCCUUGCUGCCACCCUUCGUGGCCUUCGUUGUCUAGGGCUUGGUCUUACUGCCCGGCUCGUGCCUCAAGCUCGGCGACCGGCGGCAUGGGGGCUCUCGACGCGGGAUGCUUCGAGGAGGAGCUCGAGAAUGGGGUCGGGUUGGAGGAGGAUGUGGCGGAGAUCGGGUGGGAAUCGGGGAUGACGGACUCCGAGUCUGAGUCGGCUCGGGCGAUCGAGGACGCCGUGCGGGUCUUGCUGCAGGGCCUUGGGGAGGACCCCGAGCGCGAGGGCCUCCGGAGGACGCCCCAUCGCGUGGCCAAAGCGUUCCGCGAAGGAACCAGAGGUUACAAACAAAAAGUAAAGGACAUCGUACAAGGUGCCUUGUUUCCAGAAGCCGGAUUGGAGACUGGAACAGGUCAUGCUGGAGGAGCUGGUGGGCUAGUGGUGGUUCGGAACAUCAAUCUGUUCUCAUACUGCGAGUCUUGCUUGCUUCCAUUCAGUAUCCAGUGCCAUGUUGGCUAUGUGCCAUCAGGUCGGCGAGUUGUGGGCCUGAGCAAGCUAUCCCGAGUUGCAGAUGUGUUCUCUAAGAGGCUUCAAGAUCCACAAAGACUGGCAAAUGAAAUUUGUUCAGCGUUGCACAACAGCAUCAAGCCGGCUGGUGUUGCUGUUGCUCUUCACUGUUGGCACAUCCAGUUUCCUGAAGCCCUCCCGUGUAAUUCCAACUCAACAUACCCAUCCAAAUUGGAUAUGCAAGGGUGGAUACAAGUUUUUGUUUCUUCAAGUUCUGGAGUUUUAAAGGAAGAGAAAAGUUCUUUGUGGGAUGACUUUUUGGCACUUCUGAAGUUAAAAAGCAUAAACAUUGAAAGAGGGGAUACAAACCUUUCUUCUGCUUCUUCUUGGUGUCCAUCACGGGUUCUAGAGACAUCUUUGUGCAAUGGGCAUUGUGCAAGGAGCCCCAAAAAUGGUAAGACUUCCAAGACAGGCGUUACACAUGCUUCCAUGAUGGCUUCAGUGACUUCAAUUCUCCAUUCCCUUGGUGAAGAUCCAUCACGAAAAGAACUUGUGUGUACCCCACACCACUAUGUGCAGUGGCUUUUGAAUUCUAGGAGUUCUAACUUGGACUUGAGACUGAAUGGUCUUAGUAAAGCGAACUCCUGUAAUGUGGUAGAUGGAAACUUUACUUGCCUGAACGAGAUCCAGUCUGUGUUGAACAUCCCUUUUUGCUCACAGUGUGAGCACCAUCUCCUGCCAUUCCACGGUGUUGUACACAUAGGAUACUUGGAUAAACAAGAAGGUAAAUGUAUCGAACGAUCUGUUUUGCAGUCAGUGGUUCAUUCCUUUGCUUGCAAGCUCCAAGUGCAAGAGAGACUAACCAGACAGAUAGCUGAAGCAGUUUACUCAAUCUUCAAUAUUGGAGUAAUUGUUGUCGUGGAAGCUCACCACCUUUGCAUGAUAUCAAGAGGGAUUGAGAAAGUAGGAAGCAACACGGCUACGAUUGCAGUUUUGGGCCAAUUUUCUACUGAUGCAAAAGCCAAGGGUUUGUUUUUGCAGACAAUUGCAGAUAACAAUGCUUCUGAGGGUUAAACAUCUGGAAAUUUGAUCUGACUAUGUUGAUGAUACAUUUUUCCUGUUCAUGAUGAAGUCAAUCAUGAUAGGAAUGAUUCCUGAAUGGAGAUAGAAAUGCAGUUGCAGACAAAGCUGACACUUUUAAGUUCUCUUUUUGGGUUAACUAUUUGGAAAAGCCACCAGUCAGCAUGAAACUGGAGAAAUGGCUUGAAUUCACAUCAUUCCCUGCAUAUUGUUGAAGAAUAAUCAUAAAGAAAAAAUGAUUUUUCCCUUGUAAUAAUCUGGUUUCUGAAACAUUCAUUCAACGGUGUUGUUUAUGGAAGGGAAUAGUUGUACAAGGCAUGGGUAACAUUUACGGUUCUUCUAUAUAUGCCAAUCAUUUUUUCUC